CAACCAUUACAACCAAAACUCAGUCGGGGUCUUAUUCCUCCUGUUAAUUCCCUGCUUGAACGCAACUCAUCACUCCACUCGCUUCUGGUCCAAGUUCUCCGGUAAUCAGCCGGUGACGAGCUUCACCUGCCUGGAACCCGUUCGGAAGCUCCUUCAGACUUUACCGUGAAGCUGUUGUUCUUUUUGAGGGGGGGUGGGUCGGGAUGCCUCGAGUGCGGCCUAUUUACUCCGACUUCUUCUUCAGUCCUCUCACUGAAGAUGUGGAGGAACUGCUUGCUCGUUACCAGCAGACGGACUCCGUCCGGUACGAGGUCUUCUCAGCCGUAUGGAGGGAGAUGGUCUUCUCGGAUGUGUUCAGGGGCAUCGUGAACGUGGCGGAAAUGAAGCGGUUCUCCCGAGUGGCGCUGGCCACGGCCGUGAAGUACUUCCUUCCCCCGUACAGCUACCAGAUCCGAGUGGGAGGCCUGUACCUGAUGUUUGCUCUGUACCACACGCAACCAGCAAGUCCACCUGUGAAGAUCCGGCUGGCUGUGAGGGAUUGGCCCGUGGUGGAGAAGUUUGUCAAGGACUCUGGGGAUUCUGGCCACCAAGAUGUUGUGUACGUUUUCCGAAAGCUUGUGUUCGACAAGGCCAUCCACUAUGCCGCCAUGCCACAUUUUCUCACCUUCCACAAGCAGAAGAAGGUAAAGAAGGAGCCUAUGUGCGCCGGGUUCCUCGGGAGGACCACGGCCGUCCAGGAGUUCUCCUCCACAGAAGUGCUGGAGGAGAUGACCAACAUCCAGGGCCAGUACGAGAUGCUGAAGGAGGCCACGGUGGAGGUCAGCUGCAAGGUCACCAUGACCCAGCCGGACUUCACGGCCCGCCUCCGAGACUGCAUGUUGGAGUUCAUGACUUGGCAGCAGAAGACUUUCUCCAAGGUCAAAAAAGAGAACUCCAGUGAUGAUGAGGAGGAGGAGGACGAGAAGAAGCAGCAGGCGGAGUACAGCAGCAGUAGGGCGCAGCUCCUGUCCUCCAUUAAGCAGAAGAGCUACAGCAACUUCCAGGAGACGUCCAAGGCCAGGGGCCACCGGCGGGCCGAGACGGCGGAGUCCUCCUGCUCGGGGGCCGAGCAGGUCCGGGAGGCCGCGGCCCAGCGGCGCAGGAGGCCCCCGUCGCUGAGGGCCCGCACCAGGAAGAGCCUCGGGGUGACCCGGGACCAGUGCCAGCUCAAGGCCUGGCUCCUCAGUGUCCCUGAGACGCGGGAGAGGUCGCCGGUGAGGUGGUACAACCAGGCAGCGGCGUCCUUCAAGCCGUGAUUUGGUUGGUGCUGACCUGGCGCUUUGCACUAUGCCGAGCAGCUCCUGGCUUCAGGUUCAUAUUUGUUGUCGUCCAAUGGCCUCAUCACGCACUUGUUGCUAAGGUUUAGUUUGUUGUUGAAAACAACCAUUUUACGUUUUGAACACUUCAGUUGUUUUUUGGUGAACUGGAACUCUUAACUUAUUAAUAAAAGCAUUCCAUAGUUUCCUCACCUUGUUUUUAAUCCUGUCUUUGAGAAUUUGGCUUAAAAAAAAAGAAUCUGUUGUGCAACCAAGUAAGUAUUUAGUGAAUAAAUCAAGAGAGACUUAUUCAUUUUCUCAAAGACUUCUGUAGGACCAGAGGAGUUGCCCCCUGGUUGACAGUAGAGAGAAUACAGCUUUAAGUCACUUUAGAGCUGCAAGUUGCUUCCUGGUCUCGACCGAGCCGACGCGGCUGAGCGAGUCCAGAUGGAGUAAAAAAAAAAUUAAAAAAAACAUCUGCAGCUGUGUCUCAAUUCGUGGGCUGCAUCCUUCUGGGGACCUGGGCUGUGUCCUCCAACAACCGCAAAGGCUGACUGAUCACAUGUCCAAUAUUUCUUUUCCCUAUCGCUCCAUUGUCAGCAUAUAACAG